UAUCAAUUUCUGGAUUUACAUGAUAUUUUAAAUGGUAAAAUGAAAGAUUUACAGGAAAGAAGAUUUGGUGAAAAGGAAGGAUCUAUGGCUUUAACAGCACAGCAAGUUAAAGAGAUUCUUAGUGAUGAGUUUUUAGAUCCUAAAACACCACAAGGCUUAUUGUAUAGAUUUUUUUUUCAUAAUGCAAUAAUUUUUGCAUGUCGAGAUGGUGAACACUAUUCACUUCAAAGUAAUCAAUUUCAAAUUCAACCUAACGGAAGUAUUUUAUUUUACCGAUAUCGUAAUAAAAAUAAUCAACGAGGAAUUCAAGGUGGAAAUGCACACUGUAUUCAGUUACCAUCUGAUUUAUCAGAUAUUCCUGGACCUGUUAGCAAUUUUACCAAAUAUAUUUCCAAACAUCCACUAGGUGCUUCUGAUAAUUUCUAUUUGCAACCAAACCCAAAUUGGCAUGAUACUAAUAUUUGGUAUCUUAAAACUCAUUGUGGUUUGAAUCGAGUUGGAAAUUUUAUGAGAGAUAUAGGGCAAAAAGUUAAAAAUGCUGAUAUACCAGAGGAUGCCAUUAUGAAUAUUACAGGACACAGAAGUUCACAAGAAUUACAUGCAUAUAAAACUGUUAAUGAAAGUCAAAAAGUUAAUACAAUGAAAACUUUAAUCAAUACUAUAAAACUGGCAUCAAAUACAAAUAUAAUAAGCCAAGAAUCACCUACAGUACUUACCAAAAUUACUGGAUCUCAGAUUAAUUUCAAUACAAAUACAGUUACUAUGCAAGAUAUUAAUAUAGUUCAAGGGCAAAUUCAUAGUGAAUUUCAAAAUCAACGUUCUAUUUUUAAUAAUUGCCAUUUUACGAAUAUUAUAUUUUAUAUGUCACAAUAA